AUGCCUCGAAAUUACGACGAAGACGAAUACAACGAGCAGGAGGAGGAAGAGCAGCAAGAGGAAGAACAGGAAGGAGAAGAGGAAGAAGAAGAGGAACAGCAGGAAGAGGAAGAAAGCUGGCGCCCUUCAGCAUGUACAGGCAACAAGAAAGCCGUUCUCGUUGGAAUCAACUAUUUCGGCGAGGAGGGCGAGCUCAGAGGAUGCAUCAACGAUGCCAUGAAUCUCAAGAACUUCCUUUUGGAGCGAGGCUUCGAGGAAGAGAACAUCCGGGUCUUGACCGAUGAUCAAGAGGACGACGAUUCCCGACCUACCAAGGCCAAUAUAGUAGGUGUAUCACGUCUCGUCCCGUUCUCCAUCCCUGCUUACGACGCUUUCGAACGUCAGAUUGAGAAUCUGAAAUGGCUCGUUGAAGACCCACAGCCUGACGAUUCGCUCUUCUUCUCGUUUUCUGGUCACGGCGCAUCGGUUGAAGACGAAGAAGGUGAUGAGCAUGACGGAAAUGAUGAAACUAUCUGUCCUUGUGACCACGAGGAGAAUGGUUUUAUCAAAGACGAUGAACUCCACGCUCUCCUGGUUCCUCCUCUUCCCAUAGGAUGCCGUCUGACCGUUAUCUUCGAUUACGAUGAUCACGGGAACAUCAAGCAACACAGCAAGGAAGAACAUCUCAAGAACAUCGCACAUCACGUCGAAAAGGAAGACGUCGAUGCCCUCCUGAAGGCCGCACAGAGCUUGAAGCUCGCAGAAAGCGGCCUCUCCGAAGAAAUUCAGAAGCGUGACAUGGAGAAAAAGCAGAGCCCCGCCGAUGUUAUUUUCCUGAGCGGGUGCCAGGACGAGCAAACCAGCACGGACGACGUUGUCGACGGAAAGGCGACAGGCGCCCUCAGUCAUGCCAUGAUCAAGGUUCUGAAGGAAAAUCCCAACCCGACCUACCAGGAACUCUUGUUGUCGAUCCGAGAAAUCAUGGUGGACGAAUAUGCUCAGAAGCCCCAGGCAAGUCCUUCGCUCCCUCCCUCCAUUGCGAUCACUCUCAAGCUCUCACCCAAUGGAUAUCUCGGCAGAAUUCAACAUCUAGAGCGCAUCAACGAAUUGGAUUUCUCAAGUGUUCUCGCAAAGAUCAAGGCCUCGAUUUUCGUACAAGCUCGUAUCAGAACCGACUGGAUGUAUCAUCGAAGUUAG